AUGAGAGAGUCUCAAGAGAAACCUGUCAUGGAGCUGGAGGAAGAAAGCAGAGAGAUUUAUUUGGUAACGUGCAACGAUAUACAGCCAUUAACUGCAAAAGAUCCUUAUCAGAUGGCAUAUAAGGACCAUGUGUAUGAACUGAUUAAAAAGGAAACCACAACUAAAGAUGUACAGAAACCUGAAGUGUCUGAACAAAAGCUUGAAUAUGAGCGAAAGCAACAUGAAAACAUUAAGAAAAAAGAAAAAACUAGACAUAACUUAUCAAAGAAACCUGAACAACACACAGUCAAGCUGAAACCUGAAGAACAUGUAUAUGACCCAGUUGCUGAAGAUUCAGAUUGGCAUGAAGAACACAUCUAUAAUACAAUAGCAGAAUAUCAGAAUUGGGAAGGAGAACCUGUAUAUGAAACAAUAGUGUCAUAUAGAGACAUCCUGAAACUAAGAACAGAGAUUAUUGAUACACAGGAAGAUCAGGGUUACUACAAGCAGUGUCAAAAAAAGCCUGAAAUGUUCUCACAGGAUCGACUGCACACCAUCUUUUCAAACAUUGAAAACAUUUACAAAUUCCAGAAGAAGUUCCUGAAAUGUCUGGAGAGGGCAUACAAUUUACAACAACCAUACUUGACUGAGUUUGGCUUCUGCUUUCUCGAUUAUGCUCAAGGUUUCCUGAUCUAUUCUGAUUACUGCAACAACCACCCUUAUGCUGCCUCAGAAGUCAGUAAACUCCUGAAGAUACAAGAUUAUGCCUUAUUUUUUGAGACCUGCCGACUGCACCAGCACAUGCUGAACCUUUCACUGGAUGCCUUUCUGAUAAUGCCAGUGCAGAAAAUCUGUAAAUACCCAUUGCAGCUGAUGGAGCUACAAAAGGCCACCGAAUCCUGUCACAUGGAUUACAAAAACGUAGGUUCUGCCACAACAGCAAUGAAGAAUAUUGCCAAUGUGAUUAAUGAACGCAAGAGACGAAUUGAAAAUCUUGAUAAGCUCCCGAGGUGGCAGAAUACCGUUAUGAAUUGGAAGGGAGAAGAUCUUUUGGAACGUAGCUCUGAACUAAUCCAAAGUGGUGAAUUAAUUGUGAUCAUGAAGCCACAAGGCAAGAGCAAAGACAUGAUAGUCUUCCUCUUCGACCAUCAAGCAAUCUUAUGUAAGAAGGAUAUUCUACGUCGUGACAUCUUGUACUACAAGAACAGAAUAGAUGUUGACAAUAUUCUGGUGGUAGACAUAAACGAUGGAAAAGAUUGGGAAUUCAAUGUCAAGGUUAAAAAUGCUUUCAAAAUUCAAAGUAAGCUUGUAGAUGAUGAGGUGCAUCUAUUCUGUGCAAAGAAAUCUUCAGAGAAACUGCUGUGGCUUCAUGCCUUUGAGGAUGAAAGAAAACUGGUUAGAAAUGAUGAAGAAUCAGGCUUUGUCAUCACGGAAGCCCAAAGACAGAAGGCGAAAAUUCUUGCAAAAAAGCCAAUGAAGAAGAAAAGAGGUGAUUUGCUGAUAUUAAAUAAAUAA